AGCCGGCAGGGCCGGCAGUCCGCAGCGCGGUGCGCAUCAUCCCGUCUUCAUCGUUGGGAAGGGAAUCGUCACAAAAAACAGAUUAAGAUUGGAUCAAAAAUUCUUAAUAAAGUUUCAAUUCUCAAUAUAAAACCUUCCUCCAUAUCCUUAAUGCAGAGGGUAUAGAGAAUUUUGUUGCAGAGUAAAAAUGGCUAUGGAUGAUCGGUGGUCACUGAAGGGAACGACUGCUCUUGUUACCGGAGGAACCAGAGGAAUCGGAUAUGCCGUUGUCGAGGAAUUAGCUGGAUUAGGGGCAGCCGUGCAUACCUGUUCUCGAAAUGAAGCCGAACUCAAUGGGUGCUUGAGUGAAUGGGCAGGAAAGGGUUUCCAGGUUACUGGGUCGGUCUGCGAUGCUUCGUCUCGACCUCAACGAGAGAAACUCAUGGAGAAUGUUUCCUCUGUUUUCGGUGGCAAGCUCAACUUCCUUAUAAACAAUGCUGGUACGAAUAUAAGGAAGCCAACCAUUGAAUACACUGCUGAAGAAUAUUCAGCCGUGAUGGCUACCAACUUGGCAUCUGCUUACCAUCUAUGCCAACUUGGACAUCCUCUUAUGAAAUCAUCGGGAAUGGGAAGCAUUGUAUUCAUCUCCUCCGUUUGUGGUGUCGUGGCAGUUGGUACUGGCACUAUUUAUGCAGCAACCAAGGGAGCAAUUAAUCAACUUACGAAGAACUUGGCAUGUGAAUGGGCAAAAGACAAUAUUAGGAGCAACUCUGUUUCACCUUGGUAUAUCAGAACAUCACUUGUGGAACAUUUGCUCAAGAACAAAGAGUUUUUGGAAAAGGUAGUCUCUCGAACUCCUCUUCGGCGCCCUGGAGAGCCAAAGGAGGUAUCCUCCCUAGUGGCGUUCCUUUGCCUACCUGCUUCCUCAUAUAUCACUGGCCAGGUUAUCUCUGUUGAUGGUGGAAUGACGGUUAAUGGAUUCUACCCAACCCAUGAGGAAAAGGUAGUCUCUCGAACUCCUCUUCGGCGCCCUGGAGAGCCAAAGGAGGUAUCCUCCCUAGUGGCAUUCCUUUGCCUACCUGCUUCCUCAUACAUCACUGGCCAGGUUAUCUCUGUUGAUGGUGGAAUGAUGGUUAAUGGUUUCUACCCAACUCAUGAUUAGAGACUACAAUCGGAAAUCUCCCUCCCUGCACUGUGCAAAUUGUUUAAUCUGUUAGCUUUUCCUGCAUUAUUAUACUUGUCAAUGGAGUGAAAAAUGAACUACCUAUUACAUUGUUGUUUCUGUUUUAAAAUAAUAAUGUCAUCUUGUACAUAAGUGGGUUGUUGGCAGAUUUAACAUGUUUCAACCCCAAAUACUAGAAUACAAAACUUGUUGGUUUUUUGCAACUUAUACAAACUGGAAUGUCAUGAGCUCUUGUUAGUCCAUCA